GCGAAACGGAUACAGAGCAAUGAGCUGGCCGCCAUCAAGGUCAUCAAGCUGGAACCCUCCGACGACAUACAGAUCAUCCAGCAGGAGAUCAUAAUGAUGCGUGACUGCCGCCAUCCAAAUAUCAUUGCCUACUAUGGAUCGUACCUGCGAAGGGAUAAGCUAUGGAUCUGCAUGGAGUUUUGUGGCGGUGGCAGUCUGCAGGAUAUAUACCAGGUCACGGGACCCCUAACCGAAGUCCAGAUAGCGUACAUGUGCCGGGAGACGCUCAAGGGACUGGAGUAUCUGCACUCCAUGGGCAAGAUGCACAGGGACAUCAAGGGUGCGAAUAUCCUUUUGACGGAAUACGGCGAUGUCAAGCUGGCGGAUUUCGGUGUCUCGGCGCAAAUAACGGCCACAAUUAAUAAAAGGAAGAGCUUCAUAGGUACACCCUAUUGGAUGGCUCCCGAAGUGGCUGCCGUGGAGCGUAAAGGCGGCUACAAUCAAUUAUGUGAUAUUUGGGCCUGUGGCAUCACUGCAAUUGAACUGGCGGAACUACAGCCACCCAUGUUCGAUCUGCAUCCGAUGCGAGCCCUCUUUUUGAUGUCCAAGCGGGGCUUUAAUCCACCGACACUGAACAACAAGGAAAAGUGGAGUCCCACCUUUCACAACUUCAUCAAGACGGCACUCACAAAGAAUCCGAAGAAGCGACCCACCGCCGAGCGACUGCUGCAGCAUCCGUUUGUCCAGUGCGAGAUGUCCUUGCGGGUGGCCAAGGAGCUGCUGCAAAAGUACCAGAGCCCCAACCAGCAGUUCUACUACUAUCUCGAUGGGGACGAGGAGGCGGUGGCCAGUGUGCCGCAGCGCAUUCCCAGCAAAAUGACAUCGCGCACCAAUGGCGUGCCAGCAUUAAAUCACACACUAAAAACAGGCAUGACGAACUCCACGUGGAGGAAUGAGCGAUCUUCUAGUCCCGAGACGUUACCAAGUGACAUGAGCCUCUUACAAUAUAUUGAUGAGGAGCUGAAGCUAAGAGCGACCUUGCCACUGAACGACACCAAAGACCCACUACUGGCCGGCACAACCAGCGGCGGCGGCGGCGGCUCCACCGAAUGCAGCUGCUCAUCCCACAAUGGAGCAGCGGCUGUGGGAGGAGGCGUCGUAGGAGGAGGAGGAGGUGGAGCGGGAGCGGGAGCAGGCGGGGCGGCGGCAAACGGCAGCGGCAGCAGCGGAGGCGGAGUCGGAGUCGCAGGCACCAGCACCAACCAUCAGCACCAUCAGCACCACCAGCAUCACCAGCAUCAGCUUCACCAUCCCAAUCCGAAUCACCACCAUCAGCAGCAGCAUCAGCAGCAGCAGAAUCAUCAGCAUCAGGCUCAGCUACAGCAGCAGCAGCAGCAGCAGCAGCACCAUCAGCACCACCAUCCAAUGACCUCGUCCAUUUCCAGCACCUCGGUGACCUCCAAUGCCAACUCCAACUGCAUCAGCUCGUCCGCCUCGCUGGCCUACCUGGGCAUGGGCAUGGGCAUGGGCUCCAGCCAUGUGGGCCUCGGCCUGGGCCUGGGCUUGGGCCUGGGCAUGGGCCCCGGCCUGGGACUGUCCAAUCUGCGCACCACCAGCAUCGGUGACAACGAUGUCGGUGGCGACGACGACGACGAUGAUCUAAUGGCUGCCGAUGUGGCAAUGAAUAAUGCCGCCGCUGCUGCUGCUGCUGCUGGUGCCGGUGCCGGCUCCGGAUCCGGUUGCUCUGCCUCUGCGGCUCACUAUCUCCGCUACAGCAGCAACUAUCGCUCGGCCGCCGCGGCACAGGCAUCGCAGGCGAACAACGGCCAUGGGCACGGGCUAGGGCACGGGCACGGGCACGGUCAUGGCCAGGCACCGAUCUCAUCCUCCGCGUCCGCGUCAUCAUCAGCUUCGUUUUAUAAUCGCCUCCUACUCCUCGAUAAUUGCAGCGGCGAUGCAGUCGGCGGCAACAGUAGCAACAGUUCCAAUGCCGCUGCAGGCGCUGGAGGUUCCAAUACCAAUGGCCUCCUGGACAAGCACGAGGUGGAGGGAAAUGCCACGUCACCACCAGCUGCCAUGCCAUCGUCCGUGGGCGAUGGUUACAUGCAUUCCAACUGUCCAGCGGCAACAGUGACAUCAACAGCAGCAGCAGCAGUGUCUGGUUCGAGGGACAACGAGGUAGCCUCUUCCAGCUCCAACUCCUCGCAUCUGUACCAGAAUCUGCUGAGGAGCAGCUCAGGCGAGGCGCCAGGGAGCUCCAGCAAUGCAGCGGGCGGCAACAACUGUGAUUACCGGCACGAGAGCAACCAGAAUGGUCUGGAGGAUUCGCCUCGUCGCCAUAGCUCCAUGGAUCAGCUUAUAGGACUGAUCAAUGACAUGGGCAAGUCUUCGCGUACACGCAGCCUCAGCGAUGGCGGCACCCAAGAUGAUGAUGAGGUGGAGAAGGAGGCCCAACCGGAUCUGUUGAACAAUACCCCUCCAGUUCCUCCUAAACGCUCUCAUAAGCGCCGGCACACUCCACCGCGACCCAUUUCCAAUGGCUUGCCGCCCACACCCAAGGUGCAUAUGGGCGCCUGCUUCUCCAAGAUCUUCAAUGGCUGUCCGUUGCGUGUUCAUUGCACGGCCUCAUGGAUUCACCCGGAGACGCGGGAUCAGCAUUUGCUCAUUGGAGCCGAGGAGGGUAUUUAUAACCUCAAUAUGAACGAGCUCCAUGACGCGGCCAUCGAUCAGUUGUUUCCGCGACGCACCACCUGGCUGUAUGUGAUCAAGGAUGUGCUGAUGAGCCUGUCGGGUAAAUCCUGCCAGCUCUAUCGACACGACCUGGUGGCCCUGCACUCCAAGCAGACGGUGCGCUUCUCGCUGCACAUGAACAAAAUUCCGGAGCGUCUGGUGCCCCGCAAAUUCGCGCUAACCACCAAGGUGCCGGACACGAAGGGCUGCACGCAGUGCUGUGUCACCCGGAAUCCGUACAAUGGCUACAAAUACCUAUGCGGAGCGACGCCCAGCGGCAUCUUCCUGAUGCAAUGGUACGAUCCACUGAACAAGUUCAUGCUGCUCAAGCAGUGCGAGUGGCCGGCCAUUAGUAUCCAGGGCGGAGGUCAUGGCUGUGUCCAGAAUGGACAUACGCCCGUCUUUGAGAUGAUUAUAACGCCAGAGUUGGAGUAUCCCAUUGUGUGUACGGGUGUGAGAAAGGCCAUGAACGGCUGCCUCAAGCUGGAGCUGAUCAACAUGAACAGUGCCAGCUGGUUCCAUUCGGAGGACCUGGAGUAUGACGCCAUGGCCACGAUGGUGCCGCGACGCGACCUGCUGAAGGUGGUGCGUGUGCACCAGGUGGAGAAGGACGCCAUUCUCGUUUGCUAUGGCAAUGUGAUGCAGGUGGUUACGCUGCAGGGCAACCCUAAACAGCACAAGAAGAUGGUAUCGCAGCUCAACUUUGACUUUAAUGUGGACAGCAUUGUCUGCCUGCCGGACAGCGUGUUGGCCUUCCACAAGCAUGGCAUGCAGGGAAAAUCGCUGCGCAAUGGCGAAAUCACGCAGGAGAUCAAGGAUAUGAGUCGCACUUACAGGCUGCUGGGCAGCGAUAAGGUUGUGGCCCUGGAGAGCCAGCUGCUGAGGACCGGCUCCCUGGGCAGCGAGGAGGGACACGAUCUGUACAUUCUGGCCGGGCACGAGGCCAGCUACUAAGCUACUUAGACGCCCCGCUUAAUCCAAUGUUAUAUUUUAAAUAUAAAAACCAAGUUUUAUGGGCCGCAGCACCCGCAGCCGCCGUCGUCGUCAA